UUAAAGUGGAAACAAGAAUGUCAAAAUCAUAAAAGAAACUCAGUAUUACCCAAAUUAUUGUGUCUAGUGUGCAGUAUUAUAAAGUCAAUGUUCGUUUGUAAAACCAUUCAUUUGUAAAUUCAUUAAUUCUCAUUACUUCUGAAAUUCAUUCAUCCAUUCUCAUUUGUUGUUUUUUUCAUUCCAUUCAUUCAUCCAUUUUGAUUAAUUUACUCAUUUUUUCCUACACCCGUUUGGUGCAUUGUUUGUGUAUUAAAGUUGAAUGAUAUCAUUAUGGGACAAAUAGUGAGACAAACAACACAUCUUGGGACGUGUAAUGCCUUGAAAAGCAUUUGUUAAAAGAACAGUCACUCACCCUGAACUCAUUGUUAAAAUGUACAGUAUAUUUCAUUCCAUAACUAUUUUAACCUUCAUGUCAUUCUUUAUCAUUCUUAUAAUGAUAAGUUAUUUAGUAAUGUCUCCAGUAUUGUAAGACAAUGUUAUUUAUGUAAUUGCAGGACGUUUACUACCAUUCCAGUGGUUACACGGAUAUGAAGUGAAUUGGGAUAUUUAAAAGUCAACCACAUCAUUCAGUGAUCAUGUUCCACAAAAUAAUUGGUCCGACCUUAAGACAGGGAGUAAGGCUUCUAGAAAGGGGUCCCCUUGGAAUUCCCUGCUGUGCAAAUGCUGCUUUCAAUAAAACAUUGCCUCGAUGUUACACAAGCACAACAGAUCGACUUGAACAAAAGGCAAAGCUUGUUAAACAGGCAACGGUAAACAGUGUUCGCACAAGACAAACUGUGUGCAACACAAAGAAACCAUCGCUCGUCAUCUUUGAUAAGGAUGGAACGCUGAUUUGUUUCCAUUCCAUGUGGCUUCCUUGGCUACAGAAAUUUACGGUCAAGCUUAACAAUGCAACAGGCCUGAACCUAGAUGCAGAAAUUUCGGAGUUACUUGGAUACUGCCAAAUUAGUAAGAAAUUUAAUCCAGGACUUCUGGCGGAAUCAACCAAGCCCAUUAUUCAGAAUGAGUUGACAAAGUUACUUGAAACUAAAGGAUACCAGACGUCAGAAGCUCUUAAGAUUAUAAAAGAUGUAUGGGAAGAGGGUGAUUCUACAAGUACGGACACCUUGAAGUCGUUAGCAAAUAUUGCACUGCUGUUUAAAAUAUUGAAGAAAAACGACGUAAAAAUUGCUUUGUCAACGUCAGAUUCUAGAUUAGGUACAUUAGAGACAUUGAGAGCAUUGAAUCUUGAGAAAUAUAUAGAUUUGGUUGUCUGUGGUGAUGAUCCGGAUGUGGUACCUAAACCAAAUCCAUAUUCUGCAUACAAAAUCUGCUCACAACUUGGCAUCGAUCCGUCAGAAGCUGUCAUGGUCGGAGAUACAAAAGCUGAUGUCGGAAUGGGUCGGGCGGCAAAAAUGGGUUGGAAUAUCGGUGUUCUUAGCGGUGUUGGGAAUAGCCUCGAUCUACAAGCAGAGGCAGAUCAUGUGAUACACAGCGUUAAGGACCUGCUGCCGUUAAUUCUGCCAGGAACAGAAUGGCAGCAAUAUUAUAAGUACAGCUCAGCUGAAAGGAUAAUGGUUGAACCGCAUGACAUGGAAGAUAACCAUGUGUCCAGCCCAGCGGUCAAGGUGAAGGAUGAUGUCAAGCUGGUGAUUUUUGACCUCCAUGGCACCCUGAUGAAUACACAUCGCCGAUAUCUACAGUGGGCCAACACUUUCUGUAAUAGGUUGGAGCAGAUCACGGGUUUGAAACUCUCUGAGGACAUCCAUGAAACUCUCGGUGUUUGUAUCCACUCUCAGAAACUGAAAUCGGGCAUUCUGGCGGACGGAACGACAAUACAAGUCAAGUCAAAACUUGCCGAAAUUCUCCUAAAUCACGGCCUGUCAUACGAGGAAGCAAUAUUGUUGGUUAACCAACUUUGGACGGAAUGCAAGCAUCUGCUCGAAGGAGACACAGAAUCAAGUUGUAAAGGAGCUAAGCAACUAUUCAAAGUACUGAAACAGAACAAUGUUAAAAUUGCUAUAAACACUGGCGACCAGAGGGAAUCUGCUCUCGCGGAUCUCGAGUCUUUAGGAUUGUUGAAAUAUAUUGACAUGAUGAUCUGUGGAGAUGAUCCAUUUUCGCUGCCUAAACCAUCUCCCCACAAUCCAAAGCUUAUAAUGAGCCAGUUCAAAGUGGACCCACUUCAAACAGUGGUUGUAGGUGAUUCAUUUUCUGACCUCUUAAUGGCUAAAAGGGCAGGAGUACUUAGAAAGAUUGCUGUGUUAAACGGAGUUGGGGAACAAAAACUGCUGGAAAAGCAUGCUGAUAUCGCAGUGCCAUCUGUUGGCAAUGUCCAGGACCAUUUAUUUGACUUUGAUAUGUCUCCUAGCAGUAAUGCUCCGAGUUCUUCUGAUUCCAGCCAUCGGACAGUGUUCGUAAGAGGCUAUUGUACAGAAUCACAAUCUUUUCGAUCAAGAUUAUUGUCCUGCUAUCUACCCAUUCAGACAAGAAACUUCAGUACCACCAGUAGAACACGAGCAGAAACAUCAGAGCCAACCCCCAGUUAUGAUUACAUUAUUGUAGGGGCGGGAUCAGCAGGGUGUGUUCUAGCAAAUCGUUUAACAGAGAGCGGUCAAGAUAAAGUUCUACUGAUGGAAGCUGGGCCAAAAGAUUUCUCAUGGAAAAUAUGGAUGCCGGCUGCACUCAUGUACAACCUGUGUGAUGAUAAGUACAACUGGUACUACCAUACAGAGCCUGAACCAAAUAUGAAUAACAGAGUAAUGUACUGGCCAAGAGGAAGAGUUUGGGGUGGAUCUUCUUCCCUUAACGCCAUGGUUUACAUACGAGGAAACGCUCUAGAUUAUGAUCGCUGGGAAAGUGAGGGUGCUGCGAAUUGGUCCUAUGCUGAUUGUCUUCCGUAUUUUAAGAAGGCGCAGACACAUGAGUUAGGUGAAGAUGAUUAUCGAGGAGGGAGCGGUCCACUUCACGUGUCCCGAGGUAUAACUAACAAUCCCCUCCACCAGGCGUUUAUUGACGCAGGCAUGCAGGCGGGAUAUCCUUUAACAGAUGAUAUGAAUGGUUAUCAGCAAGAAGGGGUCGGCCUGAUGGACAUGACCAUACGCAAAGGUAUGCGCUGGAGCGCGGCUGCAGCAUAUCUACAUCCAAUUCGUAAAACGCGCCAAAAUCUUGAGACGAAAAACAAAGUCCUGACAACAAAAGUUCUGUUUGAUAAGGAUCGAGCUGUGGGUAUUGAAUAUGAAGAGAAUGGUACAAAGAAAAAAGCCCUUGCGAACAAGGAGGUGAUUUUAAGUGGUGGAGCGAUUAAUUCACCACAGCUUUUGAUGUUGUCAGGAAUUGGAAAUGCAGAUGAUCUACGAAAGUUUGACAUCCCUGUGGUAGCCAAUUUACCAGGAGUGGGGGGAAAUUUACAAGAUCAUCUGGAGGUAUAUGUACAGUAUAAAUGUUUGAAGCCGAUUACACUGUACACAGCACAGUGGAAGUUUCCACACAAUAUGGUGAAAAUCGGCCUGCAGUGGAUUCUCACACAGAAAGGUUGGGGAGCUACGACCCAUUUAGAGUCUGGCGGAUUUCUUCGCAGUCAAGCUGGUGUUGAACAUCCUGAUUUGCAAAUCCAUUUUCUGCCUUCUGUUGUUAAUGACCAUGGAAGAAAAAAUGGUGAUUGUCAUGCAUUCCAAUUCCACAUUGGACCAAUGAGAUCGAAGAGCAGGGGGCACUUGACAUUGAAAUCCGCUAACCCUCGAGAGCAUCCCAAGCUUGUCGCUAAUUAUAUGUCACAUGAGGAUGAUUGGAAAGAGUUUCGAGCAGCUGUGAGGCUUUCAAGGGAGAUAAUUGCACAGAAAGCUUUUGAUGAAUUUCGAGGAGAAGAGAUCCAACCUGGAGCAUCAAUUAAGACAGAUGCCGAAAUUGAUGAAUUUGUCCGUAACCAAGGAGACAGCUCUUACCAUCCAUCAUGCACAUGCAAAAUGGGUGAUGAAAAAGAUCCAAUGGCAGUCGUCAAUCGAGAUACAAAAGUUAUUGGAAUUGAGGGCCUCAGAGUUGUGGAUGCAUCGAUAAUGCCAAGUGUUGUCAGUGGGAAUCUGAAUGGUCCAACAAUCAUGGUUGCUGAGAAAUCGGCUGAUAUAAUCAGAGGUUUACCUCCACUGCCCAAAUCUUCGGCUCCAGUUUAUAGACCUAAGAGCUUGGACACCCAGCGUUAAGAAUUUGUUAUGCUUUAUGAAAUAUGACUGGCUGAUAGUUAAAGUAUAGAUACUGACUUUUUGGUAUUGAUGUCUAGCAACUGUGUUAACCUAUAAAUGUUUAUAUGUAUAGUUCAACUGUAUGAAUUCCAUUGGAUGUGUUUGGAGUGUUAGUGCAUAUUAGUUGUAUUACCUGUAAAGCCUUGAUUCCUUAUUGUAUGGAUUUGUUUAGUCAUUGAUAUAUAAUUUAACGGGCUAAGUUAGGCCUAAAAAAAAAAAUUGUUUGGUUAGGGUUACAUCCUUUUCAAAAAUAGGUAGGGUAGGUCGGCUUUUAAAUUUUUUUAAUUUUUUUUUUUUAUUAGGCUUUAUAUAAGAAUGUCAUUUUCAUCAUUGGAGAAUGGUGUUAAAGUUAUCUUCUAUAUAAGCAAUUACGGUUUUAAACUACAUAUUGAAAAGCAAAAAAAAAAAAAUUUUUUUUUUUUUUUUUUUUUUUUUUAGUUUUUCAUUUUUUUUUUCUAACUGACUAUAAAAACGUUAGGGUCGGCGCCUAUUCCGUAGGUAGGGUCGGGUAACCCGAACCAAAUGUAUUUUUUUUUUAGGCCUUAGUUCCACUUAUGAUGAAUUUAAUAUUUUUCACAUGAAUGUAUUACACUUUUCCUAUAAUAAUAAUUCAUAUUGUUUGUAUUGACUUGUUUGCCUUUUCCGUUUUACUUCAAUGUCUGAAAAAUGACUGCAGAAAGGGACCUAAUAGGGGUACACUAUCAAUAAUGACUCAUUUGGAGUGUUGAUUGUAUUAGUGUUGUAUUACAUACUAAGUCUUAUUGCCCUUACUAAAAUAGAUUUUUUUUAUUUUAAAUGUUGAUGUUUUUUCCUAGCAAACAGACAUGUGUAUUUCAACCAUGUAAAGCAGAAAUAGGUUUUCUGAUAUGAGUUUCCAAUAGGGCAGUUUUUGGCAUGGUGUGAAAUGUGUUUCCUACAAACAAAUAAUCUUAAAAGUACCUACGAUCGUCAAUCUAUAUUCAGUCACAGAAAUCUGUUGUGUCUUGAUUUUGUGUUUACGUCAUAUAGGUGCUGUUGUGAUUAACUAGAUGAGUUAAUUUAUUGUUUGUGUGUAAGUUUGCACCCAAAAUUAUUUUUAAUUUGUGAUUAUUUGUAAUACAAAUUGUAUGUGUAAUUUGUUCAGUUGUAUUGGACACUUUGUAUGAUUUAGAGUACAUACCUGUAUACUAUGUAUGCUUUGGUUCAUUUGUUGACAUAUCGGUGGGGGGGGGAUCUAGCUUAUGGGUCCUCUUCUAAAAAAAUGGCAUAUAGAUUAUUAUUUACAUUGAAUAUAAUUAAUGAUUACCGGUAUUGUAAGAAAAUAUUGAAAGAUUUUGUGAAGCAUUUAUCUUUUUAUUAAUGUUUGUCUGGUAAAAAGAAACCAAAUUACUACUUAUUCAUGGUAAACAAUUUUUUACAAUAUUUUCUUUUACAAUUUGUUUCGUUCCACAUAUAGGUGGCUUUCGUGUAGAAUUUUGUGUGAGUGAAAGUUUUCAAUAUUGAUUCUGAAUUUAGAAUUUUAGGAUAAUAUUUCUGCAAUACAAUGUAUUGUAAAAAUUGCAUUACAGUAAUAGUGAAAGACUUUAUUUUUAUUUUUUUCUGAAUUAUUCAAACUUUCACUCAUGAAUUAUUGUGAUUUGUAUUAAUUAUUGAUGUCUCAGAAGAAAGCUUUUUCUGGAAUUGAACUAUUGUUAUGACCCUUUUUUAGGGAAUUAUUGUGAUAUCAUUUGUUAUAGCUUUAAGACUGUUAUGAUUUCGAAGGAUGAUUCUACAUCACAAUGAUAUGAUCACUCUUGUAUAUGAGAUGAAAGUCUGUAAUGAUUUUGAAGGAUGAUUUUAUAAAAUAAUGAUAUUAUCACUCUUGUGUACGAAAUGAAAGACUGUUAUGGUUCAAAAGGAUGAUUUUACAAAGUGCUUAUAUGAAUGCAGGUCUGAGUUACAUAUUGUUUAUUGCACUAUCUUUGGUGAUUUGUUGUCUGUGAUUGCUCAUAAUAUAUUCGAAACAUGAGUCAACCAACAUGUAAACUUUGUUUUACAUUAUGUAGUUUUUCACUAAAACAUGUAUAAACGUUGCCAAAAACAUAUUUCAUGUUAUUAAAGAUAAAAGUGUUUGCUUAUAAAAUGCAUGAAGGGGUAGUUUGUUAGAUUAAUACAAGAAUUGAGAUGAUACUAGUAUGCAAGUUUGCUUUAUACAAAUACACAUUUUGCUAACUGUUUAAGAAUGUUACCUAGAUCAUUGAAAAACCAUAACAAUGUUUUGUGUUAUUUUCGCAUUGUUUUAUGUUGUUGUUAUUUUGAAUGUUCAUUCUGUCUGAAUGUAAGAAGGUAAAAAUAGCAAAGUGUCGAUAAUCAUACCUGUAUCAUUGCUAACACGCAUGUGUUUAUGUUGCUCGGAACAGUCUAAGAGACUUUAUCAACAAGUUAACACACAUUUUUAGCUCACCUGUGUUUAAAGGACUAAAAGUUGAGGAAUCGUCACAGCCUUGGCGUCAAGUUGUCGGCUUUGGGGAACAAAAACUUUACCUCGGCCAUAGAAUAACAAGGGCCAUAACUCUGGGUUUAGUAAUUGUUGCGAGGUAUGCCCCUUGUUCGACUGAAAACACUGGUGUUUUCCACUUUUUCUUCUUCUGCACACAAAAAACACACCUUUGAAAUUAAUACAAAUAUCACCAGGCAUCGAAAAUUCACAUAUUUGUGUAUUGGAUACUUGAAGACAGGUUCUGUCAAAAUCUGGAAAUAAACAGAUAUAUUAAACGCUUACAUAGCUUCAUUUAUGUGAUAAGAAUCAUGAAUGUAUUCUUCAGUCAAUUGUUCAGAAUUUUGUUAAAGUUAACAAUGGGAUUAAUGGCAUCUUUUUUAACUUUUAAACUGAAAAUAUUUGAUGAUUUGCUCACAUAUUUAAAUCUAAACCAGUAUAGCUGAAACAGUUGUCAUAAAUCUUGCUAGAAAUAAGGCAGAUCUUAAAACAUCAAUUAAAUUUCGGGAGCAGUAAGGAUUUAAAAGUUAACAACGAAGAUGUUAACAAUGUUGUUAACUUUAACAAAAUUCUGAAAAAACUGUCCUUCAUCUAUCACUAUCUUCAUGCACCAUAUCAGGUAAUUCAGCUAGUCUAGUCUAGAUCAUAGUUAUGGUACCAGUGCAAUGGAAAAUCUAAGAGACCAAAAUAAAAAAGACAAUCUCAAACAAAA